UAAGAUAAGUAGUUAAUUAAGUAUCAGAAAGAGAACAUUGAGGAAAAAUGGGAGCUUUUCUUCUUCUGCCAAAAGCAUUUAUGGGAGCUUUUCUACUCUCAUUUAUCAGCAUAUGCAGUCUUCUUCCACAGUCUGCAGUUGGGAUCACCAGGCAUUAUAAGUUUGAUAUCAAAUUGCAAAACGUGACGCGUCUCUGCCACACAAAGAACCUUGUAUCAGUAAAUGGCAAGUUCCCAGGACCUCGGAUUGUAGCAAGGGAGGGUGACCGUCUACUUAUUAAAGUUGUUAACCAUGUCCCAAAUAAUAUCUCCAUCCACUGGCAUGGGAUUCGUCAGCUUCGAUCAGGGUGGGCUGAUGGACCAGCUUAUGUGACUCAAUGUCCUAUACAAACUGGGCAAAGCUAUGUGUAUAACUACACUAUUGUUGGCCAAAGGGGAACUCUUUUCUGGCAUGCUCACAUUUCAUGGCUAAGAUCAACUGUUUAUGGUCCCUUGAUUAUUCUUCCCAAGCGCGGCGUUCCUUACCCAUUUCCGAAACCUCACAAGGAAGUUCCUAUGAUUUUUGGAGAGUGGUUCAAUCAAGAUACUGAAGCAAUUAUUAACCAGGCACUCCAGACAGGUGGGGGUCCAAAUGUAUCUGAUGCCUAUACCAUCAAUGGGCUACCAGGACCAUUGUAUAACUGUUCUGCUAAAGAUACAUUCAAGCUGAAAGUGAAUCCUGGUAAGACAUACCUUCUUCGCUUAAUCAACGCAGCACUCAACGAUGAACUCUUCUUCAGCAUAGCAAAUCACACGUUAAAAGUUGUUGAAGUCGAUGCUGUUUAUGUCAAACCAUUUGAAACCGAAACCAUUUUAAUUUCACCUGGACAAACCACAAAUGUAUUGCUCAAUACCAAACCUCACUUCCCAAACGCUACAUUCUUAAUGACUGCUAGACCAUAUGUGACAGGCCAAGGCACAUUUGAUAAUUCGACAGUUGCUGGUAUUCUGGAAUAUGGGUUCCCACUCAAUGGAAUUCACUCAAAAGAUCUAACUCUCUUUAAACCAAUUCUUCCUCCUCUAAACGACACCUCUUUCGCUACGAAUUUCACUAAAAAACUUCGUAGCUUGGCAAACAAGGAAUUCCCAGCAAAUGUUCCCCAGAAAAUCGAUAGACGAUUUUUCUUCACAGUUGGUCUAGGAACUAAUCCUUGUAAGAAGAAUAACACCUGCCAAGGACCUAAUGGAACCAUGUUUGCCGCCUCAGUUAACAAUGUGUCAUUUGCAAUGCCAACAACAGCUUUGCUUCAAGCUCAUUUCUUUGGACAAUCAAAGGGUGUUUAUACUCCUAAUUUUCCUAUAAGCCCAAUUAUUCCAUUUAAUUAUACAGGGACUCCACCAAAUAACACAAUGGUUAGUAAUGGAACAAAGUUGGUGGUACUGGAUUUUAACACUAGUGUGGAGCUAGUAAUGCAGGAUACAAGCAUACUUGGCGCAGAAAGUCACCCACUUCACCUCCAUGGUUUUAAUUUCUUUGUUGUUGGUCAAGGUUUUGGGAAUUUUGAUCCAAAUAAGGACCCUGCAAAGUUCAACCUGGUUGAUCCAGUUGAAAGAAACACCGUAGCAGUAUCCCCUGGUGGUUGGGUAGCAAUUCGAUUUUUGGCAGACAAUCCAGGGGCAUGGUUCAUGCAUUGUCACUUGGAAGUUCAUACUAGUUGGGGUCUGAAGAUGGCUUGGGUGGUCUUAGAUGGAAAAGAACCCAGCCAGAAACUACUGCCUCCGCCGCAUGAUCUUCCCAAAUGUUGAUCAUCACAUGAUUCUCUUCUUCUUGGCUUAAGUUCAUUUUGAUUCUCCGGCUUUUUAUUUUUUAUUUAUUUUUUUGUUUUUCCAACUUACUUCGAGUAGUUGUUCUUGUAAGAUGUGAGGGAAAAAAAGAGGGGAUGAUUUUUUUUUUCUUUCAAAGAUUAUUCUGUAAAGUUUAUGCUAAAAUAUCUUAAUAAUA